AUGGCUGCUGAACUGAGCAGCAAGAGACCAGAGACCUUGGAAGCAGAAUUUGACCUCACCUUGUUGUACCAGUCACUUUCUACCACUCUGAAGAGAUUUGUAGUUUCCAAGCACACAAACCAUUCUGGUCCUUUUGGACCCGCAACAUCAAGAGUAAGGAUUAUGAUAGAAGUGAAGGAAUAUGUGGUUGCUGCUUCAAAAAAGAAGUCCAAGAAGAAGAAGGGAGGAGGAAGUGGUGGUGGUGGUGCUAGUGGUCCAGUCACUAAAACUACAUCUGCUGGAAAAGACUUGUCUCAAGGAAAGUUAUGGAAACUGUUAGUGGAAGAUGUACUUCAGCAUUUCCUGUACACAUUGGAAUAUAAUUCUGUAACUCACAUGUGUACUACUUGUGGUGUUAGCAGAGUCUCUCUUCUCAGGGAAUUCUGUAACAAAACAGGAGUACAGAUGACAUUGAAGGAUUACAAAUUUUCCUUGACUGCUCCAUUCAAUGAAGGUGAUCUUGCCUGUAUUGUACCUGUUGUUAAGCACACUGAUUUUAAACCUCUUGAAGCCUCUGGCUUGUAUGAGUUGGCUCAGGUUCAGUUGCAGUCUGGUAAUAUUGAAGUUGCUCUUGACUAUCUAUCUGGAGCUGUGCAAUUGUUUGCUCAAGUCUUUGGGCCACUACAUGUCAACAUAGCAAACUGUUAUAAAGUUAUUGCACGAAUUCAUCAUGCUCUAGGAGACAGUAAACUAGUAAGUGGUGCAUGUAACUACAUUUUAGUUUAA